UGAUACAGCAGACUUUCCUCUCUGAUUUUUAAUUGGUAGGGUAUGACAAGCUUCAAUGUUCUCACUUUCAAUGUCAAUGUCUUUACUCUGCAGGAAUGUAAUUACCUUAGUAUUUGUACUAAGUGUGAGAUAGUUAGCACCUUGGUGGAUAAGGUGAAUAAGUUAGAGCUGCACGUCCGGGGUUUAAUAAGGGAUAGACAGCAGGAUUCACUGUUAGCAGCCCCGGGUGUCUCAGGGAGAGUUAGUACCCCCUCGACUCCGGCCUUAGAGCCCUCACAGCGGGGCGAAUGGGUAACGUCUCGGCGGCAUAGUCGAAAGGCUAAGGCUAAUGCUACCGCAAAGGCCACAGCCAGCCCACCUAAACACCACGCUCCCCCAGUUCACGUGUCAAACAGGUUUGCCCCGCUCAGUGAAGCACCAACUGAGGAGCCUGUUAAAGGUACUCUGGUGAUAGGAGACUCUAUCGUCCGACACGUGAAAUUAGCUACUCCUUUAGGGGCACCAGCGGCAACAGUUACUUGUUUACCGGGAGCCAGAGCACCGGACAUUAGUGGCAACCUCAGGUUAGGGAAUAGGAGAUAUUCGAGGGUAGUAAUUCAUGUAGGGGCCAAUGAUAUUCGUCUGCGGCAGUCUGAAGUAACUAAGGCUAAUAUUAAAGAGGUGAUUAAACAGGCCCAGACGCUGUCCGAGGAGGUAAUCUGCUCUGGCCCCAUCCCAAUGAGGCGUGGUGAUGAAGCUUACAGCAGGCUUUCUUCGCUGAACCGCUGGAUGUCCAAGUGGUGUGCAGAAAAUCAUGUGGGCUUUAUAGAUAACUGGCUACACUUUGAGGGCAAGCCUGGUCUUUUAGGUAGGGAUGGUGUCCACCCCACGCGGGAGGGUGCUGCCUUACUUUCAUGCAGCAUAGCUCAUAGUCUUUUAGUUAGUCGGCAGAGUAGUAUUAGAAGCUGCUGACAAUCCAGAGCCGGGACCAGGCCGCAGACAGAGAGGCUUAACCAACCGUCUGCGAGCUGCAAAGAGACGUUACCUAGAUACCAAUGUAUUCAGACUGUGUCUGUCCCCCGAGUCAAACAAAA